UUUAUAUAUAUUUUUUGUUUUUAGCUUCAAGUUGAGCAAUCACGACGUGGAUUUUGGGAUAGCUCUGUUCUGUAUAAUAUUUCUAGCUUACAUUCUAUGUACCCAGUUCUAAACUGGACCUUGUUAAUCCCAAUGAACUGGAGAGGGCCGAUAGUUGUAAGAAAUGCAGAUUAUCUAAAGGCGUUGCAAUCAUUUCUUACAAAAUAUCCAUCUCGAAUCGCACACAACUCUAUGCUCUUGUUAAGUGUGCUGGAAAUUUUACCAAAAGAUUUUCCAACUCCAGAAGUGUGCACACGCUCUACUAUGUGGGCUUUACCAGAAUUAGCCUCAGCACUGUAUAUUUCGCAAUAUUCUUCAAUUGAUUCAAAAGACAUUAUAAGACGGGCAGAUAUAAUCUUCAAAUCGCUCAAAGCUCACCUAAAACGGGCUCCUUCCCUAAAAGGCGCUGCACUUGUAAAGCUCUCAGCAUUAAAAAUUCAAUCAAAGACAUGGGAAGGAUUCACGAACGUAACCCAAUUAACAAAAUCAGUGGAAGGCCUAAAAAUCACGCCUGAUAAUUGGCUUGAAAAUAUUUUAGAGAUAUAUAAAGCGAAUAAAAUUGUACCAAAUAAAAUAAAUAUAGACUCUAGCUCCCAUGAUGCAUGGGCAUACCCUAUUGUGUCGACCAUAUUCUAUGAUACAUUAAGCCAUUCAAUUGUUGUUCCUUUGUCGGUCAUACUAAUACCAUAUUUCAAUGCACGAUUGCCUCCAUAUCUACAUUAUGCUUCAAUUGGAGUUUCAAUCGCAAAGGAAAUUUUACGUUCAAUAACGAAAAGCUUCGAUGAUAAGGCAAUGCGUUGUGUUCCGCAUUCCGUCAAUAUAUUUUCAAACUUCAGUCGCAUGGAUAUAUUAAUUCAUUCUGGAGGAAUGCAAAUUUCAUACCAUUCCAUGCUCUCACUCACUGGUCCAAUCAAAGGAAUGGCAAGGCUUCCCGGAUUGAAUUUGACACCAACACAAAUUUUUUUUUUAGUGUCUGCCCAAGAGCUGUGUUCAGAAUCAAAUUAUCUAGGGAUCGAUACAAACGCAACAGAGUUUGACCACAUGUAAGUAUAUCAUCUUAUUCUUCAUGU